CACAGAGUUAUUAGGGUUUGAUCUCUCUACCUUCAUCGAUUUGGUAUAGCUAAUCUCUUAGCCUAAUCAUGAAAAGUAACAACGAAGAGCCACCGAUCCGUGACGAUCAAGUCGAGAACCGUGGAAAAGACGAUGAAGAGGAAGAUGAUGAAGAUGAUCAGUAUGAGUAUGGAGAUGGGUUUCUAGUGGAUAGUUCUGAAGAAGAAGAAGAAGAAGAAGAAGAACAGAGGCCAUGUCGUGAGAAAAAGAGUGGAGAUAGAAGGAAGAAAGAUGAUGACUUUAGUCUUCACGAAGAUGAUUAUCUUCUUCUAGAAGACAACAACGUCAAUUUCGAAAGAAAGAAGUAUAAACGUUUGAAGAAAUCUUCAGAGGAAGAAGAGGAUAACACCAAUAAUGAUGAUGAUAAUGAUGAUUUGAGUCACUUCAUUGUAGAUGAAGAUGAUGGUCAUGGUGCUCAUGGAGUGAGGAAGAUAAAGAAAUCUAAGCAAGGAACUGAUUCAAAUGAUGAUGAUGAUGAUUUGAGUCACUUCAUUGUAGAUGAAGAUGAUCAUGGAGUGAGGAAGACAAAGAAAUUUAAGCAAGGAACUAGUUCGAACGCUUUACGAUACGCUAAUGAUCUGUUUGGUGAUCCUGAAGAACUGUUGAAGCUUAGGAGAAAGGACUUGGCGUAUAGCCAAAAGAUCGAAAGAAAGCUAGAAGAUGAGUUUGAACCAAUGGUUAUCUCUGAGAAGUAUAUGACAGAGAGAGAUGAUGAAAUUAGGAAGCUUGAUGUUCCCGAGAGGAUGCAGAUAUCUGAAGAAGCCUUUGGAAUCGCUCCCAUGGAUGAAAGUAGCAUUGAAGAAGAGAGCAAUUGGAUUUAUGCUCGAUUGGUUCAAGAACAAGGUCCAUGUUGUUUGGUUAACAAAGAUGACAUUGUGAGAUUUUUGGAGCUGUAUCAUGUGCAGAAGCUAGAGAUACCGUUUAUAGCAAUGUACCGAAAGGAGCAGUGUCCGAGUUUAUUGGAGAGUUCUGAUGAUGGUGGUGAUUUCAAUCUUGACAAGAAGCUUGAGACCAAGUGGCAUAACGUCUUGUGGAUGAUUCAAGAUUUGGAUAGAAAGUGGCUUCUUCUACGGAAACGAAAAACCUCUUUGUUUGGUUACUAUACAAAACGUUUUGAAGAAGAAGAAACCUUCAGGUCUGAUCUGAAUAAAAGUCUUUUUGAGUCAGUUAUCAAGUCUCUUAAAGAGGCUGAAACAGAGAGAGAAGUGGAUGAUGUAGACUCAAAGUUCAACUUGCAUUUCCCUCACGGUGAGAUCGAUGAAGGACAGUACAAGAGGCCGAAUAGGACAUCGCAAUAUAGCAUCUGCAGCAAAUUUGGUAUCCGGGAAUUUGCAAACAAUUUUGGUUAUAGCGGUGAGCAGUUAGGACUGGUGUUGUCUCUUGAGAAAGUUCUUGUUGAUGAGAUUGAAGAUGCAAAGGAAACACCAGAGGAGAUGGCAUUGAAUUAUGUAUGUGCAAUGUUUGAGGAUCCUCAAGCUGUUCUUAAAGGCGCUCGACAUGUGGCUGCGGUUGAGAUAAGCUGCGAGCCGUUAAUCAAGAAGUAUAUUCGCGGGAUUUACAUGGAGAAUGCAGUAGUCUCAACAAGUCCAACACCAGAUGGGAAUGUGGUUAUAGAUUCUUUCCAUCCGUUUUCUUCGGUUAAGUGGUUACGGGAAAAGCCUUUGAGAAAGUUUGAAGGUGCACAAUGGCUUCUCAUUCAGAAAGCAGAAGAGGAGAAGCUUCUGCAAGUAACUUUCAAGCUCCCUGAGGAUCAGAUGAAUAAGAUAAUUAGUGAAUGCAGUGAACACUAUCUAAGUGUUGGUGUUAGUAAGUAUGCUCAACUCUGGAAUGAGCAGAGGAAACUGAUACUUGAGGAUGCGGUUCACGGUUUUCUUUUGCCGUCAAUGGAGAAAGAAGCAAGAUCCUUGCUUACUAGCAGAGCUAAGGCUCGGUUACUUUCGGAGUAUGGAGAGGUUUUAUGGAACAAAGUGUCUUCAGGGCCAUAUCUAAGGAAUGCUAAUACUAAUACCUCGGAUGAGGAAGCGUCACCGAGGGUCUUGGCGUGUUGUUGGGGACCUGGAAAUCCAGAGACUACAUUUGUGAUGCUGGAUUCAUCAGGAGAGCUUCUUGAUGUGUUGUACACGGGAUCCAUCUUAUGGCGUUCUCAAGAUGUAAAUAACAAGCAACGUAGAAAGAAGGACCAAGAUCGUCUUUCAAAGUUUAUAACAGAACAUCAACCGGAUGUUGUGGCUUUAGGAGCUGUGAAUUUGACUUGUUUACGUCUGAAGGAUGAGAUUUAUGAGGUAAUAUUCCAAAUCGAGCAAGAACUGGCGUCUGAUCUAGUUGAUGGGAUUCAUGUUACGUCAGUAGUUAACGCGGAUGAGUCUCUUCCUAGGCUAUACGAAAACUCUAGAAUCUCAAGUGAACAACUACCUCAACAGUCAGGGAUUGCGAAACGCGCAGUUGCUCUUGGACGUUAUCUCCAGAACCCAUUAGCCAUGAUCGCAACUUUAUGCGGUCCAGGUAAAGAUAUUUUGUCUUGGAAGCUUCAUUCUUUGCAAGAUUUUCUUGAUCCAGAUGAGAAGUAUGAGAUGGUUGAACAAGUUAUGGUUGACAUAACGAAUCAAGUUGGAAUCGACAUUAAUCAGGCUACGAGCCAUGAAUGGCUUUUCUCUCCUUUACAGUUUGUUUCAGGGCUUGGCCCUAGGAAAGCUGCAUUUUUGCAGAGGUCUCUUGUUAGAGCUGGUUCGAUAUUUCUCCGCAAGGAAAUGAUAAAUCAUGGGAUUGGUAAAAAAGUAUUUGUAAAUGCAGCUGGUUUCUUGAGGAUUCGUAGGAGCGGAUUGGCUUGUAAUAGCAGCCAAUUUGUUGAUCUGUUGGAUGAUACUAGAAUACAUCCUGAGUCAUACAGUCUUGCGCAAGAAUUGGCGAAUGAUGUCUAUGCUCAUGAUGAGGAUAAUGCGAUAGAGAUGGCGAUAGAGCAUGUGAGGGAUCAUCCAGCUUCUUUGAGAAAGAUUGUUCUUGAUGAGUAUUUGAGAAGCAAGAACCAAGAGAAUAAGAAGGAAACUUAUAGCCUUAUCAUGAGAGAACUAACCUGUGGUUUCCAGGAUUGGCGGAGUCUGUUUAAAGCGGUUGAUGCAGAUGAAGAGUUUUACAUGUUUUGUGGUGAAACCAAAGAAACUAUUGGUGAAGGGAGAAUUGUGCAGGUCACUGUUAAGAAAGUAACAAGUGGUAAAGCCAUAUGUUUAUUAGAUUGUGGAUUACGUGGGAUUCUGUUCAAGGAAGAUUACUCUGAUGAUGGUAGAGAUAUUGUUGACUUGUCGAACAAACUGUGUGAAGGAGAUAUUGUUACUUGCAAGAUCAAGUCGAUUUUAAAGAAUCGGUAUCAUGUGAUCCUUGUCUGCAAAGAAAGCGAAAUGAGAAAGCACAAGAAUCUUGGUGAUGUCGAUGAGUACUACCACGAGGAGGAACAGAACAAUGUCCUGGUAAAGAAAGAGAAAGCUCCUAAAGAAAAGAAACAGUUUAAGUCUCGGAUGAUUGUUCAUCCUCGGUUUCAGAACAUCACUGCUGAGCGAGCAACAGAGUAUUUGUCUGAUAAGAAUAUUGGAGAAAGCAUUGUUCGUCCAAGCUCUAGAGGACUGAAUCAUCUGACUUUGAUGAUCAAGAUCUUUGAUAAUGUGUAUGCUAACAAAGAGAUCAUCGAAGGUGGCAAGGAGAACAAGGACAUUUUGAGCUUACAACGUAUUGGUAAAACAUUGAGAAUUGGUAAUGAAACCUUCGACGAUCUAGAUGAGGUAAUGGAUCAGUAUGUUGAUCCUUUGGUAACUCAUCUUAUGACAAUGAUCAACUACCGUAAAUUUCGGACUGGGACAAAGUCGGAAAUAGAUGAUCAUCUCCGGGCUGAGAAGGGCGAAAACCCGAAAAUGGUAGUUUACGGUUUCAGUGUAUCGCAUGAACAUCCAGGGAGCUUUAUGUUGUCUUACAUACGAUCCGCAAAUCCGCACCACGAGUACAUUGGUUUAUACCCAAAGGGAUUCAAGUUCAGGAAAAGAAUGUUUGGGGAUCUUGAUAAGCUUGCUGCUUAUUUCAAGAGACAUAUCGAUGAUCCAGUCCAUUACUAUCAAUGAACUUGAAGAUUGGUGUUGAGGUGUGGCUUUGUUGCUGUCCGAUUCAAGCACAAUAUCGAUGAGUAUAUGAUUAGAAGAUUUGUGCUAUGUUUAUGUUCACAAGUUACUUUAGUAAUCAUAUUAAGAAGCGUGUUGGUCCCAAAGUACAAACGAAUUAUAUAUUUAAUUAUUAUUAAGCA